AUGACCAACGGGGCUCGAGUCAGCCGGGACUGGCUGCCAGACAUGCAGCUCGCUGGGAAGCUGGCACUUUCCGCAGCGGCUCUGCUCCUACUGACUCUGGCUUAUAGAUUCUAUAAGUCCCGACCAGCCAGCAGUGGGAUCAGAAAUGCUGAGCGUGUGACGGAGCAGAGAGAAAAGGCUGGAUCCGGAAGGGGAGGCGCAGAAGAAACACCACGGGGACUCAGGUGCAGGCAAGUCAACAGCAAUGGGGUGAGGCCAAGCACCAGCAAAGGGAAUCAAAGUGCGCACCUGGGUGGGACGGUGGCGGCGGGACCGCGGGGCCCACAAAGCACACCGCCCAGGGAAGAUCAAAGGCUGCCAAAGGGGGAGGAGGAGGAGAAAGAGAAGGGAAAAAAGGCUUGUCAGCUGGUCGCCGAAUCACAGCCAGACAAAAAGCAGCCUGUUUCUGAGGGACAGGGGCAGAGUCCAGGUGUGGUCCCGAACGUGGCGACAGCAGACGGUGCAGAGCAGGAGGCGCCGGUGGCGGGAACAGAAGCCGGGGGUAAGCGUAACGUUUGCAGUCUGGCACGCAAACCGGACAGCUCGGUCGAUGACAGCAGGGGGGCCAGCUGGGACGUAGCCUCGCAGCAAUCUGGGUGUAGCGUCAGCCUCAGGCACAAUCCUUGCAGCACCCAAGCAGGAAAUGCUGCUGAGCUCACAGUAGCUGAUAGAUCCACCCCGGACACUGAGGAGGAGGAAGCGGGAGACAUGAGUGAGAGUUUGGCCUGGAACCAGGAAGCCUCGGCUGGCCAGGAGAGGAUUCAGACCCUCAAUGCUACAUCGGACAUGGGCUUAGCCAUCAACCAAAGCGAUCAGAGGUCUGAUGCCUCCUACACUUUCUCCUCCGUUGCAAAGAUACAGGUGGAGGAAAACUAUAUUAAAGAGUCCACAUCCUCCAUUACUAGCCUGCGAGGCAAGGUCUAUGACUACUACGUCCAGUCCACCUCGCAGUCUGUGUCGAAGGAGCGGCCCCGCUCGUACACCGACUCACUCUACGACCCAGACAAAAUCCACGAAGAGCUAAGUGAACGUGAGACUUGGGGCGUAGACUGGCGCAGCCAAGAACCAGCCGGUGAGUCGGCAGUGGGAGAUGAAGACCGAGCUUCACUAACAGCAAACAUCCCACCCCUCUCUCCCAGUCUCCUGCCUUUCAGACAUCCCGCAGAGAGCGUGGAGCCUGCAGACUGUGGUGGUGCGUCUGAUCCGGCCAGCUCCUUCUCGCCCGCCCACAAGACAGCUGAACCGGAACGCAGGUUUGGCAGGAAAGAGAGUUUCCAUCAAAUUGCAGAUAACCCCGAACUUCAGGUGCAGAUGGAAGGGUUCGGGGCUUUGACGCCAGCUGGCAGAAGAUCUGACUCAAGCACUCCCCCCGCCAGUCCCCUCCACUCCAGCUCCAUCGUUUCCCUGGUGGAAUCAUUUCACAGCCUCCAGCCUCAUGCAGGCAACGAACCCAGAGUCGAACUUGUUGCUGGUGCCAACUUCUUCAAAGUCCCAUUAAGCUUGCAGCCGGAUGUGGACAUCCACCUGGAUCUGGGGAACUGCUAUGAUGUCCUGUGCAUGGCCAAGAAGCAGAAACUGGACAGUCUCCAGGAGGCAGCGUAUAAGGUCAUGAGCGACAAUUACCUCCAGGUCCUGAAGAACCCGUCUAUCUUCGGGCGCCUCAAUGCCAGGGAGAGGGAGCUGAUCCUCCUGAGGAGGAUGAAGGGCAGGAAGUACGUCACCGUGGCAGACGUCAGCACGCAGGAGCAGAGCUUGCACACCAGCAGGCUCUGUUACUACGAUAACGAAGGCGACGUCUGGCAUCCCCUCUCCUAUAUGCCGGUGGAGGCGGUUUCUAGGGGCUGCGCCGUCUGCAGCAUGUUCAAUUACCUCUUUGUGGUGGCUGGCUGCGAAGGGCUGGGCCAGCGCCAGAAGCCUUCCAACAGGGUUUUCUGCUACAACCCCCUGACCAGUAUUUGGCAGGAGAUCUGCCCACUGAACCAAGCCAGGCCUCACUGCAAGCUUGUCGCCUUGGAUGGCUACCUGUAUGCGAUCGGGGGAGAGUGCCUCUAUACUGUGGAAAAGUAUGACCCCCGCCAGGACCGGUGGACCUUCGCCGCGCCGCUGCCCAAUGACACCUUCGCCGUCGCCCACACCGCGACGGCGUGCGACGGGGAGAUUUACGUGACCGGGGGCACGCUGCGCUACAUGUUGCUCCGGUACGUCAGCCGGUCGGACAGCUGGAAGGUCAGCAUCACCAGCGGGAGCAAGGACCGGACCACCGAAAUGGUCACCGCCGGUGGCUUCAUCUACCGCUUUGACCUCAACCGCAGCAUGGGCAUCAGCGUCUACCGCUGCAGCCCGAAAGCCAAGCUGUGGUACGAGUGUGCCACCAAACGCAUGCCCUUCCCACCCUGCUUCCAGUGUGCCGUGGUGGAGAACCUGGUCUAUUGCAUCAGCCGCCAGUUCAACAUCAGGUUCCUGGCGGACCAUGUCUCGCCACGCUUCGGAGUCAAGGAGUUACAGCUUUUCCCUUCCCCCCGAGGGACCCUCCUCCCCGUCGUCCUGGCACUGCCAGACAGAGGCACGGUGCAAACAAGGGUCUGAUGGGAAGCUAAAAAAACCCCUGAUUCUUCUCUUUUCUUUUGUCCUGGGCUCAACGGCCAAAGGCAGCUCCCAGAGCCUGAGCCACAGAACUCAGCACCUGGUCAAAUCCAGACUUCCCUGAAGUCCAGGGAUAUUCACUUCCACGGUUCUAAUUCAGCCCAUUAUAGAGAUGAUCCAACUGUGGCAUUAGGAUCUAGACUUGGGGGGAGGGCUUCUAUCCUUGGUUCAAGCCCUUCUCUAACUAAAAGGCAGGAGGAACAAAACUGGCUAACUGUAUAUUUCCAUUGCUGGCAAACGCCUCCCACUAGCAGUUCCAGUUCAGCGGCCACAGAAAAUGCAAACAGCGGGUUGGGUGGGUGCAUUUUUUGGGGGGCAUAUUUAAAUGCCUGUAAACGUUGGUGCAAAUUAAAUGCAAGCCUCAGGCUCCUGGGAAGUUGCCAAAGUGGCCGUGGGUGGAGCAAAGUUUGGGACACCGCUGUAAAGUAAUUUCCCACUGUGCCUGGUGCAAUGCAUCGCUACGUCUUACAGGCAAGGGGUGUUUCUUAGGUACCAGAAAGACAGCUGCAAGGGGACGCUCCCUGGUGGUUUUUCGAGUGUGCGGGUGGAGAUGGGGAAUCUGAAAGGGACAGCAUCCAGACUGUAUCCUUUGCUCCAGUACCAUGCCAAGGACUUCAGCUGCCUGGGAGGGUGGAACUGAGGCAGGGUCUGGCCAUUGGCAUCAUCACCUAAAGCAAGCAGCUGAGCUGUGACCCCCAAGCCCCCGUGUGGGCAGCC